UGACGAACUCCGAGCAGUAAAGAAGGGAGGGGGGGAAGCCCCAGCGCUCCCUCGCAAAUCUUUCUCCACCCCUCGUCACACAACUGUCUUCUCUAUCCCGGUGAAAUCAGCUUCGAAUCUUGGCCACCCGCCCCUUUCUCUCGCCCAGCGCCGCAAACUCCUACGCGCAUCCCCGCAGUUCGUCUCAAUGGUUCUUCCCUUUUCCUAUCCACCAACCGCGUUCGUCUUUUGCUGCGUCUCGACUGGUUCCUUCCCAGCUCGCUCGUUUGUUCGGCGGGCGCCUGUAUUUCUCGCGACGUUUCCGAACCGCCCUCUUCUGACAUGGCGGCUCCCGUGCCGGCUGCAGCUGAGAGCUGGCUCCGUACCCGGGACGUGGUGGUGCCUGAAGGCCCCGAAGAUUUCGGAUCGCUGCUGCUUUCGCCGCCGGUGCUGGAAGGGCUGCGAGCUGCAGGGUUUCUAAGGCCUUCUCCAGUGCAACUCAAGGCCAUACCUUUGGGGCGCUGUGGCCUCGAUCUUAUUGUGCAAGCAAAAUCUGGCACUGGUAAAACCUGUGUCUUUUCUACAAUUGCACUUGACUCCCUUAUCCUGGAAAGCCCAGUUACACAGAUUCUGGUUUUGGCUCCCACUCGAGAGAUUGCUGUACAGAUUCAUGCAGUUAUUACAGCAAUUGGGAUUAAAAUGGAAGGUUUGGAAUGUCACGUCUUUAUUGGAGGAACUCCUUUAAACCAAGACAAAGUCAGGCUGAAAAAGUGUCACAUAGCAGUUGGCUCCCCUGGUCGCAUAAAGCAACUUAUAGAGUUAGAGUAUCUGAAUACAGCCAGCAUUCGUCUUUUCAUUCUUGAUGAAGCAGACAAGCUUCUAGAAGAAGGCAGUUUCCAGGAGCAAAUCAAUUGGAUUUACUCUUCUCUACCGGCCAAUAAGCAGAUGUUGGCUGUUUCAGCCACCUAUCCCGAAUCCUUGGCUAAUGCUUUGACUAGAUACAUGAGAGAUCCCACGUUUGUGAGGUUGAAUCCCACCGAUCCAAGUCUCAUUGGGUUGAAGCAGUACUUCAAAGUUGUAAAUUCUCAUCCAUUACCACACAAGACAUUUGAAGAGAAGGUGGAGCAUUUACAGGAGCUCUUCAGCAAGAUUCCCUUCAAUCAGGCGUUGGUCUUCUCAAACCUACACAGCCGAGCUCAGCGCUUGGCAGAUUUACUGACAUCCAAAGGUUUUCCUGCUGAAUGCAUUUCAGGCAAUAUGAAUCAGAACCAGAGACUAGAUGCCAUGGCUAAACUCAAGCAGUUCCAUUGCAGAGUAUUGAUUUCAACUGAUUUGACCUCACGUGGAAUUGAUGCUGAGAAAGUGAACUUAGUCAUUAACUUAGAUGUGCCUUUGGACUGGGAGACAUACAUGCAUCGGAUUGGCAGAGCUGGACGCUUUGGAACUUUAGGGAUUGCAGUGACUUAUUGUUGCCGUGGGGAGGAAGAAAACAUGAUGAUGAACAUUGCACAGAAGUGUAACCUUCGACUUCUUCCUUUACCAGAGCCUGUGCCUCUUGAGCUGAUGGAACAGUUUGAAGGCUGGGAUGUAGAAGUCACUGCUGUCUCGUAUCCCAAUGCUUCACUGCAUGCUCCUCUGCUGUCUGCUAAACAACCAGAGGUGGCAGUGCAGCACACAGCUGGAGGCAACAGUGCACAGGAGUCCUCGGUUACUGCUUGUGGAAAAAUCUCUUUAGCCAAGCCAAAAGAGGCCUUCAAGCAAAAGCAAGUGUUCAAGAGCAGAAUGGAGCGUAGCAACACAAAGAGAACCGUCAGGAACCAACAGUCUUCUCAUUGCACUGUAGAGCAGAAACGCCAGCUGGAGCCUGUUGUCCAAACUAGUGGGCAGCAGAGUAAGCAAGAGGUGGACAAGGAAGUUUUAAGAAACAUGCUUCCCAAGAUACCUUGCCUGUCCUCUUACAAGACCCAUCAAUCCACCAAUAUAUGGGGCAUGGCUAAGUUUGUGGAGGAUUAUGAAUGUUUCAUUAAGGAAGGACUGGAGAAAGAUGUGGAAAUCAUAAGAAGCUUUACAGGUCCUGGACAGCAGCAUUCAGAAAAUGAUGCCUUUUAUGGGAAAGAAAUGGAAUCCAGCACAUGUGCAGCACCGACAGUUGAUGCAUGGACUGGAGAGUCCGAUAGUGAUAGUAGCUCUUACAGUUCUGACUCAUUCACGUAUAGCCCAGAGGACCAGUCACAUAUCAAAAUGUCUUCAGAUACACAGAAAGAAGAGGAUAUUGGCUUGUCAACAGAACAGACUUUUCAGAGGCACUCUCAGCAGUUCAGUGAUGUUCCUAAUCCGAAGGAACUUCUAGAGCCACCUCGGCUCCAGAAGGUUAAACAGAAUGUGAACCAGGGCAAACAGAGUAGGCAGAGCCACUACCCUCCUGCUAAGCCCUCUAAGAGAGGGGCCAUGAAAGGUGCCCCCCAGCACAAACCUGAUCCCUCUUUCCUCUGUGAGAAUCAGAGUUAUGAAGAAUACUGGAAAACAUAUUACCAGGCAUACCGGGACUAUUAUGCUGCAGCUUCUUAUUCCUACAAUCACAUGUAUAGCUGGCUGACUGCUUAUCGUGCCAACGCAGUCUAUAUUGAAGAGUUGCUGAGAGGUCAUCAGUGAUGGGCAAGCCCAUCUAGAUGUACAUGUAGUAUGAGUUCACCUCUGUGCUUGGAUUCAGCCAUUUUAGUAUAUUUUCAUUCAAUGUAUAUAGUUUUCUGUAUGCAUUCCAGAAGAUGAAAUGCUGCAACAGAUGUUUUGCCAAUUAAAAAUUGUAAAAAUAGUAGUGGAAUUUCAUCUAUUGUGCAGGUAUUUGUAGAUACACUCAAGAUGUUUUCAUGGCGUUACAUUCAACCUGUUAAGCUGAUCCUUGCUUCAUUAGAAAUGUAUUGAACGUGGCCACAACGUUUGGCCCAUUUUACUUGCCUUUGGAAAAGACUGUUGUCUUUGCUUCUCAUGUACAGAUGGUGCUGUUCCAGGACUUAAAACACUCUUGAGUCUUCAGAAGUGAGAGAGUUUACUGAGCUAUAGUGGCUCAAAUCCUCUGGAUCUUCUAAUGGUGGUGGUUUUUCUUUUAGCACAAGGAGCUUUCCCCUGACACAAGAGGUUCUUCUGCAAACAGAUGUGUAUCCAUGCUGGAAGAAAGUGUUGCCAUUAGUGUGAAGCAUCUCUUGGUAUCCAACCCACAGUAAUUUUAUCUUCUCUGAACCCAGAUGAAUUCAAUGUGAGAUUAUUUCUUAUAUUCCUGCCCAGAAGAACAUAGUGCCUUGGAGCUUAAUGAUGAAAAAUGCUGGUUUCUCUCCACUUUGCUUUGUAGUGGAGCAGAAAAAGAAUACUCUCUAUAGCACAAUUCUUUGCAUGUCUAUCUGGAACCAAGUCCAGAUAUGUUCAUCAUAAAUUUACUGCCUUAGUUACUGAAGUGGAGAUGGGCCAAGUAUUUGAAGUUUCUUAAAGCUAUUUCUGAGUUGUAUAGCAUGCAACCGACUGUUUAAGAAAUUGGUCAGAUUUCAGGAAAAAUGUUUAGAAAGCUGGGUCUUCAUAAUAAGGCACCAGCUUAAAAAAGAAAUUUCUGAGUACUAGUUCUGUUGAUUUCUAUAUUCCUUAUGGGCGAUUUCUCAAAUCCCACUGUGUUGUAAUAUUCUCCUACUAGAGCUGCUCAUGUUAUGUAUCUAUAUGGGCUAAGAUAAGGUCUAUAGCAAAAAGUGGGCUAUAGCAAAGAAGAUUUUUAUCUAUUGUGAUGAAUAAUAUUUUUAAAACUGCAUGGUAGGCAUCUGCUAGAACUUCGGAUCCAAAGGGAAUUUACAGAAGGGCUUCUCUACUGCUAUACACUUAGCCCCUCUAGAGCUCGCAAAUCCUUACUUCUGGGCAAUACUUGUUCUUUCCAUUAAUUACCUUUUGGACAUGGGAAUACUUUUUUGUAAGAAACAUAUUUUUAGCAGCAAGCCUUAUUCUUUAUUAAAAUGUACUUUUAAUUUGCCAGUACAAAUUAUGCAACUCCUGCUGGGCAACAACCAGUCGUUCUUUCUGUUUAGAAGUGGUCUAAAUAAAAAGGCGUGUCUCAAUUAA